UUAUACGCAAGGCACUUCAAAAGCCAAAGUUACUCUCUCUCCGUUUUGAUUGUUAUUUCUUUUGUUCUACUAAGCCAGUCUCCGCCGCCCAACUCUCUUUCAUCUCUUCCACCACCAUGAGCAGAUCAGGACAGCCACCAGAUUUGAAGAAGUACAUGGACAAACAGCUUCAGAUCAAGCUGAAUGCAAAUCGCAUGAUUGUUGGUACACUCCGUGGUUUUGACCAGUUUAUGAAUUUGGUUAUUGACAAUACUCAGGAGGUAAACGGCAAUGAGAGAAAUGACAUAGGGAUGGUGGUGAUCAGAGGAAAUAGUGUUGUCACUAUAGAGGCACUUGAACCAGUAGUGAACAGGAUCUCCUGAUUUAUGUUUGCUGUAACUUGAACCAGUAGUGAACAGGAUCUCCUGAUUUAUGUUUAAUGUAAACCUUUAUAAGUAAGUUUCUAGGUUUCAACGCAAACUGCGCACCUGCUGUGAGUAAAAUGUAAUUGUGGAUCUUGAUAAUGAUCAUGUUAGAGACUAAUCUGAGGUUCUUUUUUCUAGUUGAUUUGUGAAGACACCUCCUCCAAUGUUGGCCAGUUGUGUUUUCUAUUGAAUAUAGCAUUAGCAAUUAUCACUUGCUUUUAUUGUUCUUUAA